UUAACAGGAAUGAACUCCCCCUCACGCCUUGUGCAUCUCCUGCUCUGACAAGUGGACCUCCUGUUGCAGCUGCAGACGCAUUUCCUUCCGGACAGCUCAGCUUCCUUCACAUUUUCUUUUUGCUCCCUUUUAAAUUAAACAGCGUAGUUCUCUAAAAUGUCUUGGACGGCGAACAGUUGUUUUGUCACUCUGGCCAUCCUGCUCCUCUGGCGGGUGGAAGAAAUAGCAGAAGCCUGCAGCUGCUCCCCGGCGCAUCCUCAGCAGGCUUUCUGCAACUCAGACGUCGUUAUCAGGGCGAAGUUAGUCGGAGUGCUGGAGAUUGACGUUGGCAAUGACAUCUAUGGAAACCCCAUCAAACGGACCAAGUAUGACAUCAAACAAAUCAAGAUGUUCAAAGGUCCCAGCCAGGAUAUCGAUGCCAUCUACACUGCUCCCUCCUCUGCAUUGUGUGGAGUGACUCUGGAGACUAAUGGCAAGGAAUACCUUGUCACAGGCAAACUGGAGGCUGACGGGACGAUGCAUGUCACGCUGUGUGACUUCAUUGAGCCCUGGGAGGCCACGAGCGCCACCCAGAAGAAGAGCCUGCCUCAGCGCUAUGAAAUGGGCUGUGAUUGCAAGAUCACUCGCUGCACCUCCAUCCCCUGCAUGAUCAGCAGCCCGGCAGAGUGCCUGUGGACGGACUGGGUGAUCGAGAAGACGGUCAGCGGGCAACAGGCCAAACACUUUGCUUGUAUCAAGAGGAGUGAUGACUCUUGUGCCUGGUACAGAGGGGCAGCGCCGCCACAAAGGGAUUUCCUGGACAUCGAGGACCCUUAACUCCACCACUGUCCAAUGGUCCAAGGAUGUCUGCAGUUGAGAUAUACUAAGAUAUAAAUACAAAAAAAAAAAAAAAAAAAAAAGGAAAAAGUCAGAUUCUUAUUUUGUUUUUUUUUCUUAAGAGAGCCACAAAUUGUUCUCUGUGAUGAGGUUGAAAAAAGUGAAAUUGUUUUUAUUUGCAGGACUCAUUAUGUUUUUUUAAUCAACAGUCUUAUGAAUUCAGCACUUUCAGACACUUCUCCCCUUAAAUCCAAAGCACUUCCUCAUAAACCACUUCUCCCUCAGCUCAAAUAAAGGGAUAAUCAUCACAAUCAAGUAUUACUGUUCAGAGUAUUUUUUUUUGUUUUUGUGCUAUUAGUUUCCUUUUUAGCCAGACGUGUUGUUUCAAGUGAACUAUAAGUCUAUAAUGCAUCACAUACAUGCCUAUAACUCAAAGUGUAACAAUUCUGUGAAUCUGUGUGUUCAUAAAUAACAUUGGCGGGCAAUCGGCACUGUGAUUUGUGACAGCAGAGCUAUCACAAGGAGCGAGCGCCACCUCUUGCCUGUCCUGCUUCAGAUUCUUUUUCGUGCGCCGUAUGCAAAACUUUUCCCCUCUGUUUGUUUUAAAGAUGUGGAAGACGUAAAAAAACAAAAAAGCACAAUCUGUGUUUUUUUGCUCACUUUUUUUUCUUUAAAUAAUCCUGAAUAGACAAGAAUGCACUUUGAACACAGUUGUCACAGCAGCCAUAUUGUCUCUAAUGAAAAAUGUCUGAAAAAGAGGAUUGAAUCCUCCAUUUUGUAUUUUUUAUAUUGCAGCUCUUCUAUUUGUAAUGCUUUAGUGUAGGCGUUUUUUAUUUAAGGAGGUUACAUGAUUCAUCAUAUUCUAUUGAGAAAAAAUGGCCACGUUUUGAUACUUUUUGUGAAAAAUGACACAUUGGUAUUGUAUAAAAAAGAAGACUAAAUAUUUUAACAGUAUUAGCAAAACACACACAUUUUAUGUGCAUAAAAGGUCAACUUGUAGGCCUAAUUGUUAACUGUCUGACCAAUGCAUCCUUUAGGCCAGUGGUUUAUCAAGCAUACUGUAACCAAUUUACUUGCAGGGCCUUUGAUAUGACCAUAAAAUGUGUUGAGCAAAUGUCAUGUGACUUUAAUAAUUAAUAUGAGAGUGUGUAAAGAUUCUUCAUUUGAAACUGUAGUCAAGUAUGAUGUCUUGUGCUGGUUUCACAUGAGAUGUUUGAGAUGAUUUUUGCAUGCAUGUCCAACUGAAACAAUACUGUACAUUUGACUAUUAUAUUAAAAGCGAAACCAUG